GGCUCUGAGUAUCAGAAACGCCAGGAAAAUGGCUUGUUUUCAUGUUGCAGGCAUUGGCUGAAACCACCCCCCCGAUGCCUCAGGAUAUUUCGAGGGAGACGCCAUAAGAACGCUCCAGAGGACAUGGUGGAGGAGGUGAAUGAGGAGAUUGCCUGCUCUCCUUCCUCCAAGGACAAGAAGCCGCACAGGGCCAACAGAGUCUGGCGCUGGCUCAGGGGGAAAAAUCGUUCAACCAGGAAGAGGAGGAAGACCUCGGUGCUGAUGGCCAAGCGGGCCGACAAGCUGCAGGCCACAAUAGAUCACCUGGUGCCUGCCGUCAUCAGACAAGAUCUACACUGUGUCCACAUCUUUCUGGACACAUACCGUCACCUUUACUACCACCCAGGAGGUGCUGGACCUCCUCUUUGCAAGGUGAGCACCCUCCCCUGCCCCUAA